CUCAUCAUCCCUUGCGUCGACCGCUGCGCCGGCACCGCACCGCUUAGCUGUUGCAACACCAUAACGUCAUCCCGGUUCUUGACUAGAUCCUACUCACACUACAGUGACUAGACCGCCCAGCAUGGCUGCCAACAACAUGGUGAAUCCCUCCGUGGAUCCAAACCUGGAGGAUGAGCUCUUCGCCAAGGAGGUUGAGGAGGUCAAGAAGUGGUGGAGCGACUCGAGGUGGCGGCACACGAAGCGGCCGUUCACCGCUGAGCAGAUCGUCAACAAGCGAGGCAACCUCAAGAUCGAGUAUGCCAGCAAUGCCCAGGCGAAGAAAUUGUGGAAGAUCCUUGAGAAGCGCUUCCAGACGCGAGACGCCAGCUACACCUACGGGUGCUUGGAGCCCACAAUGGUCACGCAGAUGGCCAAGUAUCUCGACACCGUCUACGUCUCGGGCUGGCAGUCGUCGUCCACGGCCUCGUCGUCCGAUGAGCCGGGCCCGGAUCUUGCUGACUACCCCUACACCACGGUGCCCAACAAGGUUGGCCAACUGUUCAUGACCCAGCUCUUCCACGACCGCAAGCAGCGGCAGGAGCGCAUGUCGGUGCCCAAGGCGCAGCGCGCGAAGCUCGCCAACAUCGACUACCUCCGCCCCAUCAUCGCCGAUGCCGACACGGGCCACGGCGGUCUCACGGCCGUCAUGAAGCUCACCAAGCUCUUCAUCGAGAAGGGCGCGGCCGGAAUCCACAUCGAGGACCAGGCGCCCGGCACGAAGAAGUGCGGCCACAUGGCCGGCAAGGUGCUGGUGCCCAUCAGCGAGCACAUCAACCGCCUGGUGGCCAUCCGCGCGCAGGCCGAUAUCAUGGGCUCCGACCUGAUCGCCAUUGCCCGCACCGACGCCGAGGCCGCGACGCUCAUCACCUCGACCAUCGACCCGCGCGACCACGCCUUCAUCUUGGGCUGCACCAACCCCAACCUCCAGCCGCUCAACGACCUGAUGCUGGCCGCUGAGAGAGACGGCAAGGCGGGCGACGCGCUGCAGGCCAUCGAGGAUAAGUGGCUGGCGGAGGCCGGUCUGAAGCGGUUCGACGACGCUGUGCUCGACGCCAUCGCCCAGGGCUCCUACUCGAACUCCAAGGGCCUCGCUGAGCAGUACCGCAAGGCCGUCCAGGGCAAGCAGCUGUCCAACACGGAGGCCCGCGCCAUCGCCCGGGGCAUUCUGGGCAAGGACAUCUACUUCGACUGGGACGCGCCGCGGACGAGAGAGGGCUACUACCGCCUCAAGGGCGGCUGCGACUGCUCCAUCAACCGGGCCAUCGCCUACGCGCCGUACUGCGACGCCAUCUGGAUGGAGAGCAAGCUGCCUGACUACAAGCAGGCCGAGGAGUUUGCCAGGGGUGUGCACGCCGUCUGGCCGGAGCAGAAGCUAGCCUACAACCUCUCCCCCUCCUUCAACUGGAAGACGGCCAUGGCGCGCGACGAGCAGGAGACCUACAUCCGCCGCCUGGCCAAGCUGGGGUACUGCUGGCAGUUCAUCACGCUGGCGGGGCUGCACACGACGGCGCUCAUCAGCGACCGGUUCGCACGCGCCUACUCGCAGCAGGGGAUGCGCGCGUACGGCGAGCUGGUGCAGGAGCCCGAGAUGGAGCUGGGCGUCGACGUGGUCAAGCACCAGAAGUGGUCCGGCGCCACCUACGUCGACGAGCUGCAGAAGAUGGUCACGGGCGGCAUCAGCUCGGUCGCCGCGAUGGGGAAGGGCGUGACCGAGGAUCAGUUUCACUAGGUAGUCGGGCGGUUUUGCAAGGUGAAGUGCCUACCCAAGGUAGGUAGGUAGAUGAAGAAGAGGCAUGAGAGAGUGUGUUGGGAGGUUAGGUGGUGAACGGAAGGGCAUGGAGCGGACUUUUUUGUAUG